AUGAGGGGCGGACGGGACCUUUGGAACAUGACGCUUGCCCGCGCCCGCGCCCGCGUUUCCCCUGCCGCCCUCGCAACCACAUCGCGAAGCACACACCACCGCAGGGCAAUGCUUUCAUACAUAUACGGCCGUCUGGUCGGCGCGGCGGCCCCCCAGGCCAUCCCCAUCGAGCCCGUCGAGGUGCACCGCAUCGAGGCGGCCCCCGAGAAGCGGCCCCGGACGCUCAAGCACCUGCUCCGCGCAAACCACACCAACCACGCCAUCCUCUACCACACGCUGCGGUUCCACAACCACCUGCCACACAUCCUGGGCUCCGCCUACCUCCUCGGCGCCUCCCCCGACCAGCUGCACACCAUCUACGACUACGAGUCCAGAGAGCUCGAGCCCUGGUCCGACAGCCCCGCGGAGAUCGUCCAGGAUGACUGGCGCGACUAUCUCGGCGACAGGCGCUACCAGAGGGCUUAUGUCGACUUCUUCGAGGACCAGCUGGUCGGCAGGCGCCUCGGCACCCAGUCCUGGGACUGGACAAAGGUCGUCAACGACUACGUCUGGGGCCACGCCGACGCCGCCGGCCCGCCCCUGGGCAACAAUCUGAUCGCAGGCCUCGGCCACCCCCUGAUCCACCUGGGCUACGCCUACGAGCUGGACAACAAGGAGCUCGCCAUAGAGGCCCUGGCCAUGGCUGCCACCCAGUAUGACUUCAUGCACAAGUACCUCGACGACCCCAAAUACACCCGCCCGCCCCCAGGGGGUGCCUUCGCCUCGACCUCGCCCCUCGAGGUCCUCGACAGGGCCAGGGCCGACAAGAGGCUCCGGGGCCUGUUCGACAAGGCCAAGGGCUUCGACAACAUCGAGCUCCUCUUCGACAAGCACGAGGACCUGGCCCUCGAGUACUGGAACGCGUGGGACGUGGGCAGCGACCCGGCCAGGCGCUUCGAGGAGAGCCAGGAGGCGGCCACGGCCCUGCUGGUGGCCACCGUGCCCCCGGGGGCGCAUUCGUACAACUUCCUGGUCGUGCACCUGCUCACCACCAGCCACGCGGUGCGCAUCCUGCUGCCGAUGAUCCCCGCCAAGUUCCACAUCCCCCUGGUGCGGCAGUGGUGGCUGUUGACGGUGUCGACUUACAUUGCCGAGCUGAGGCCCAAGAUCGACCCGGACUACGUGCCCUGGCCCGAGGGGUCCUCCCAGAAGGGGUGGGCGUACGUCGAGGACAAGGCUCUCAAUGGCCAAUAUGCCACGGAUGCGCACUUUGUCAAGGCGGUGAGGGCGAUGCGCGAGGCGGCAAGGACCUGGGGAGAUGUUCAUGAGCGGUACCUGGCAUCGGCAGUGCGCUUUGUGGAUGAUUUCCGGGGCUGGACAUUCUCGUAA